AUGGUGGAUCUUGUGGAUCUUGCAUCUGACCUCACGUUAAACGUGGACGUAACAAGUGGACUGAAACACCAAAGAGAAGAGAGAGGCAGACGUAAGGAAAAAUUGUUUAUCCAUUCUGAAGAAGUAUGCCAAGCUGAAAAGAAGCAUGAAGUGAAACAAAGUGAACAGCCCAAGCUGUGUUCGUACUGCGAGUCAAGCGGACAUCAAAUCCUGCAGUGCAUGAGUUUCAAAUCUUUGAACCAGGAAGAACGGUGGAAGGCAGUUCGACAGAAGAACCUUUGUCGUAGUUGUCUCAUACCCCAUCGCAAGUGGCCUUGCCGAUCCAAGAAGGAAUGUGGUAAAAACAAUUGUACUAGCAAGCAUCACUCGCUACUCCACGAAACGCAGAAGACACAUCAUCAGUCAGCCUCCAAGACAACGACAAAUACUGGUGGUAGCAGUCAUGUAGCCCACCAAAAUCACCACUUUGAACAGUCGUAUUCACUUUUCCGCUACAUUCCGGUUACUAUUUCUGGAAACGGGAAUCAGGUAAACGUUUUCGCCUUUUUAGACGAAGGUUCCAGCACAACAAUGAUUGAGACAGGAGUAACGGAUCUACUGGGAGUCGAUGGACCAACAGAGCCUCUUUGGUUGACUUGGACGGGGGAGAUUACGAGAGAAGAAAAGGAAUCUCAAAUUAUCAGCAUCAAGAUCGCAGGAGUGGGAAUGAAGAUGAAGUUUACGAUUGGCAACGUGCGUACAGUGCAGGAACUGAAGCUUCCCGAGCAGUCGUUCUGCUAUGAAACCAUGGCAAAACAGUAUCCUCACUUAAAGAGGCUGCCCAUCGAAGGCUAUGAGAACGUGACCCCACGUAUGAUCAUAGGUAUAGAGCAUGUUCGUCUACUAACCUCACAGAGGUUGCGCGAGGGAAACGGUGAUGGACCUGUAGCAGUGAAAACCCGGCUGGGUUGGAGCGUGUUCGGAAGACAGACGGAGGCGGAGCGUACUGUUGAGAGAGUAAACUUGCACCACACAGAUAUGUUUAGUAACCGUGCUCUACACGACGCGAUGAAGCAGUUCUUCCUAGUAGAAGAGAGUGCGGUCACGACAAAAAUAGAAGCUGAAGCGGAUGUAAGAGCACUGAAUUUAUUAGAGCAAACGACGGUGCUAAAGGAUGGUCGGUUCGAAACUGGUCUACUCUGGAAGGUCGAUAACCCGUCGCUUCCAAAUAGUUAUCCCAUGGCGCUGCAACGACUCAAAUCAUUGGAACGAAAACUAGAGCGUGAUCCUAGUCUGCGUCAACGAGUAAAACAACAAGUCGAUGGGUAUGUGGAAAAAGAUUACGCUCACAAAGCAUCCAAAAAGGAACUAGAAACAACCAAACCGAAUCAAACGUGGUACCUUCCUCUGGGUGUCGUUGAAAAUCCGAAAAAGCCAGGAAAAACACGCCUAAUAUGGGACGCUGCCGCAAAAGUUCAAGGUGAGGCUGCCGUUGAGCAGUACAACAUCGCAGUCUGCGGUGACAUAGCUGAAAUGUUUCAUCAAAUACGGAUACAAGAAAAAGACAAACAUUUUCAGCGGUUUCUUUGGCGAGACAAUCACAUGGAUGAACCGCAAGUGUACGUCAUGGACGUUGCAACUUUUGGGGCGACAUGUUCCCCAUGUAUAGCGCAAUACAUAAAAAACCGGAACGCACUCCGGUUCGCCGAAUUGUAUCCACGAGCAGUUGAAGGCAUAGUCAAAAAUCACUACGUCGAUGACUUUCUUGAUAGUGUGGAGACUGAGGAAGAGGCAGUUAAACUAAUUAGUACAGUGAAAAUGAUUCAUGCAGCUGCGGGUUUUCAGAUUGGAAAGUUCCACUCGAACUCCUCGAGAGUACUAUCGCUCCUUGGGGAAUCAGCAAAACCUGCUGUCAAGUCCAUGAAUUUGGACAAACAAGGAGAAACUGAGCGCGUUCUAGGCAUGGUGUGGUUGACAACGGAGGAUGUUUUUACCUUUGAUACGGCGGUUUUACCGAGUAUACAGCAACUUGUAAAGAGCGAUACCGUGCCAACGAAGCGUCAAGUCUUGCGAGCAGUGAUGACCUUAUUUGAUCCCCUCGGUUUGAUAGCCCAUUACGUAGUACAUGGUAAGAUACUUAUGCAGGAGAUCUGGAGGUCCGAAACUGAUUGGGAUGAGCCAAUAGCUAAUUAUCUUCAUGAUAUGUGGUACCGCUGGAUUGAGUUACUUGGCCAAUUAUGCGAUGUAAAGGUUCCUAGAUGUUUCUUCAGUGAAGCACGACCUGAAGCACUUCAGCUCCAUGUAUUUGUUGAUGCCAGCGAGCUGGCAUAUGCUGCGGUAGUCUAUUUGCGAUUGGAUAUAGGAGCUGGCCGAAGAUGCGCAUUAGUAGCAUCAAAAACCAAAGUUUCACCAUUGAAGCCAUUGUCAAUUCCCCGACUUGAGCUACAGGCGGCCAUGCUCGGCGCACGACUCGCGCAAAGCAUCGGCUCCUCAUUGACAUUACAAAUCGACAGCCGCUUUUUCUGGUCGGAUUCUUCUACAGUCCUGUCAUGGCUGCGGUCGGAGCGACGACGAUACCAUCAGUUUGUGGAAUUCCGCGUCGCUGAGAUUCUCUCCCUGACGAGCAUCGACGAAUGGAGAUACGUCCCUACAAAGUUGAACGCUGCCGAUGAUGCAACUAAAUGGGGAAGCGGGCCUGGGUUUCAACCUGAUCAGAGAUGGUUUCAAGGUCCGGCAUUUUUAUACGAUCCCGUAAAGCAAUGGCCUUCGAACGAAAGGGUAGUUAGUGCAACAUCAGAAGAGCUUCGAUCUAUGUUUCUGCAUCGGACAACUGUAAUCGAGAGUUUGCUUGACCUAUCGCGUUUCUCCAACUGGAAUCGACUACUAAGGACAACUGCGUAUGUGUUUCGGGCAGUAGCAAUCUUCCAGAAUCAACGAACUACGAGCGGACACUACAGAGUACUGCAGAAAGAAGAAUUUGCAAAGGCAGAGGCAGCGAUAAGGCGCCAAAUACAGGCUGAAGCAUUCCCAGAUGAAGUCGCUUUAUUGAGCAGUAGCGCCGAGAAGCAAAUUGUGUCCAAGUCCAGCCCAAUAUACACGUUGACGCCGUUCUUAGACGACGAAGGUGUCAUACGGAUAGGCAGCCGCACAGAGAAAGCAUCUAACCUCGCUUAUGAAGCAAAGUAUCCCGUUAUCCUUCCUAAGAACCACACUGGUACUACACUUUUGGUAAAUAGCUUUCAUCGAAAAUAUCUCCACGCCAAUGGAGAAACGGUAUUCAAUGAAAUUCGCCAGCGGUACUAUAUACCCGGCCUUCGAACAGUGAUUCGCAGAGUCACGCGUGAGUGUCAGCUGUGUAAGGUGAAGAAAGCAGUUCCUCGUCCUCCGAUGAUGGCACCGCUUCCAAGCGUUCGGCUUACGUCAUUCAUCCGGUCAUAUACUUUCCUGUAA